AUGUACAUCCACUGGACGCAUUACUAUUUGCCAAAAAUGUUUGGCAUUUUGUCAUUUGUCGUCAAUCCAAUUUUCAUGUAUCUGAUAGUAACUGAACAAAAAUCAUCUUCAAUCGGAAAAUAUCGAUUUUUGAUGUUUUUCUUUGCCAUUUUCGAUAUGAGCUACUCAACAGUUGAGCUGCUUGUUCCAGUGGGAGUUCAUGGUACCCGAGCUGCGUUUGUAAUAUGCUUAACAGACGGUCCGUUAUAUGGAAUUCAGAAUCUCCACAUUGCCCAACUCGCUGUAUCCAUUCGAUGUGGAUGUGUUUCUCUUUCCUACGGUAUUCUGAUAAUUCACUUCAUUUAUAGAUACAUAACAUUGUUUUUCCCACAACUUGUUGACAGUAUCUUUCAGCCAACUGGAUGUAUUUGCAUUUUCUUGUUCUUCAUCACUCAUGGAAUUGUUUGGGCAGGAAUUUGCGAACUUUUUCUCUAUGAAGACGAUGAAAUGAAAGACUAUAUCAGGGAUGCAUUCCAAAAAGACUACGGAGUUGAUUCUUAUGAUAUUGCGUUUUUGGGAGCAAUUUACAUGGGCGCCAGCAAACAAGUAAUGGAACGAAGUUGGGCAGGAAUUCUUAUUCUGUCCGGAGUUUCAAUGUAUGCCGUCUCAUUGUAUAUAGUACUUGGGUAUAAGAUAAUGAAAAAACUGCGUGACACCCCAGCGAUGUCAGUUACAACCAAAAACAUGCAUAAACAAUUGUUCCGUGCUCUGUCCGUUCAAACAAUCAUCCCCAUUUGCAUCAGCUUCUCCCCUUGCUUGGCAGCCUGGUAUGGGCCGGUGCUAGGAUUUGAUUUCGGAAUGUGGAACAACUACUUGGGAGUUAUUGCCCUAUCCGCCUUCCCAUUUAUGGAUCCUGUUGCUGUUAUCCUCCUGCUUCCCGUCUACCGAAAACGUGUUUUUGGCAUCUUUCCAAAAUCUCCAUCUAUUGCUCCCAAGACUGUGUCAACACCAACUGCUGCCGUUUUGGCGCAACAGCAUUUAUGA